GACAGCUCGAACUAAACAGAAAAAAACUCCUAUCUCCAUACAUAUAUCUGCCCUUGCUCUUUUACCUUCUGGGCAGUAUUCGACUGGAAUCACCGACUCGACAAGCUGUAACACCGACGGCAGGCUACGUGAAGCUGACGAGGUGGUAAGAGUCCAUGAGUCGCAGUCGGAACCCCCCUCCCCGGGGUCAGGGGGCAGCGCGAGCCAAACAGAUGGGGCUGCUCCUUGACCUGUCCCCAGAUGGAGGGAUGGAUGAUGAGGGGAAUGAUGAAGAGCUGGAGGCAGAGCUGAUGAAUCUAAUGGGAGGAGGGGGAGGAGGGAGAUCACAAGGGAAGAGAGGUGAAGGGAAAGCCCCUGUUCACAUGGCUGAAAUAGAGCGAAUGGCAGCUCUUUGUAUGAAAGACCUUGAUGAUGAAGAAAUAGGGGAUGAAGAUUUGGAUGAUGAAGAUUUGCUGGCAGAACUAAAUGAAGUUUUGGAGGAUGAGGAGGACAACACUCCUGCUUCCACCCCUCCUGCUGUCACACCGACUGCUCCUAAAGUGAGCAUCACAUCCCAGUCCCCCUGUGUUCCUGCUGCUGCCCCCAGUGGGGAAACUGGGCUGGAGUCCUGCCUAUUGGAGCGUAUUGAAAUGUAUAAAACUGCCAUUUCUAAUGCCAAAGCUGCAGGAGAGACCAGUAAAGUUCGACGAUAUGACAGAGGGUUAAAGACAUUACAGUCCAUGUUAACAUCUGUCAAGAAAGGAAAACCAAUCAAUGACGAGGAGAUCCCGCCUCCUGUCGCUCUCGGUGGAAAUCCCAACGUCACCGCAGGGUCUGAACCGGUCAAAGAGCGACACCUGCCAGAACCAGUGCUGAUGCCCUCUCCUCCCACCAAUCAGAAACCUCUUAGGGAGGCUCCAAAACCAGCUCCUAAUAUGAAACCACUCCAUCUGACCCCACCCCAAAAGCCUGCUGCUGCCAUCACCCCAGAAACACCUGUGAUAUCUCCACUCACACCCAGCCAGCCUGAUGCACAGCACUCAGAGCUGAAACAGGCAGUGUUGUCCAGACAGAGGGAGUAUAAGCUGGCCGCCAUAAACGCCAAACAUAGCGGGGACAUUGACCAGGUCAAACAACACUACCUCACUGCCAAGAAGAUGGACUCGCUUGUGGAGGCACUGGACAGAGGCAAACCAGUAGACCUGACCUCACUCCCUCCCCCUCCUGGAGACGUAGUAGCAGAACGCUCUGCACCUCCUCCUCCUCAGUCUUCCUCCAAGCCUGCUGCCCCCGCUGCUCCUGCACCCAAGCAGGUGGCCACUGCAGCCCUGCCUGCUCCCAGCAGUCUGGCAGAAGCCCUGCAGCAGAGGAUGGACAUUUAUAAGUCGGCAGCAGAGGGAGCCAAGAGCAAAGGAGAUGAUCGUAAGGCUCGCAUGCAUCAGCGCAUCGUCAAGCAAUACCAGGAUUCCAUCAGAGCUCAUAAAGCUGGACGACCUGUCAACUUAUCUGAUCUACCUGUGCCACCAGGCUGUCCGCCACUUCAGGGCUCAGAGGGGGCUCAGCAGAACUUCAUGGGUGUCCUGGAAACAGCUAUGAAAAUAGCUAAUCAGGAUGCAGACGCAGAAGAUGAGGAAGAGGAUGGUCCAACAGAGGCUGCCAAGCCCACAGUGCGCCCACCUGCCCAGAAAGCUAAGUCUCCAGCUCCACAGGCCCCUGGCGGCUCCUCAGCUCUGAAACUGGGACCUAAAGCCCAGCAGCAAGUGGAUUUCCUGUUGCUAAGGCGACAGGCUUUUUUGCGUGCAGCACUGCGCUCCAAACAGAUGAAGGACAUGACAGGUGCAGCGCAGCACCUCAGACAUGCCAAGGGACUGGACCCCAUGAUCACCGCCGCCAAGUCUGGCCUGCCUGUUGAUAUCACCAAGAUUCCCAGCGCCCCAGUGGGUGAAGAGGAGUAUUCGCUGUCUCGUUCCCGUACCUCUCCUCUCUCCCCUCGCUCCAGUGAACAGUACCGCGGUCUCAUGGAUCUUUUACGAAAGCAGCACGAGAAAUGUCUGGACUACUCCCAGAAGUUCACACAAAUGGGCAAUGUGGCUGAGGCUCUGAAGUUUGAGAAGCUGGUUGAGGAAUGUAUGAAGAACAUAGAGAUACUAAAGAACGCCCACGCCAAAGGCCACCCAGUCCCCAAGUGCCACACAGAGGAGAGGACCCUCAACACUAUCAAAAUGUAUUCCAGCCUGACAUCUACUGACCUGAUGCUGUACAUAAUCAAAGGCAUCAACUUACCAGCUCCCUCAGGUGUCUCACCUAACGACCUGGAUGCAAGUGUGAAAUUUGAGUUUCCUUUUCCCAGUGCGGAGGAGGCUCAGAGGGACAAAACCAGCACAGUAAAGAACACCAACAGUCCAGAGUUUAAAGAGCAAUUUAAACUCAACAUCAACCGUAGCCAUCGAGGCUUUAAACGAGUCGUCCAGUCCAAAGGCAUCAAGUUUGAAAUCAUCCACAAAGGCGGCUUGUUCAAGACAGACAAAGUAGUGGGCACAGCUCAGCUGAAGCUUGAGGCUCUGGAAAACCAUUGUGACCUUAGAGAGAUCAUAGAGGUGAUGGAUGGACGUAAGGCCACAGGUGGCAAGUUGGAGGUGAGGGUGAAGAUUAAAGAGCCUCUAUCAGGAGCUGAUCUCCAGCCAGUGACAGAGAAGUGGUUGGUGCUCGAACCUGUCUCCUCCCUUUCUCCUCCGGAGAAACAGAAGGAACGCGCUCCAUCCCCUCGGUCUAAACCCAGACAUGAAGCGAGCAGCAGGAGCAGUAACCCCAACAACUCUCCUCCACAGUACAAACUCCACAGUUUCAGUCUCCUCAACUAUGACAAGGAGCGGCUGGAGAGAAAGAUUGCAGACUACCGAAAGAAUCGGCGGGAUCCCCCAUCUGACCUCAUCCAUCAGCACAAAGAGGUCACACACAGACUGCAGUGGCAGAAAGCACAGCUGGAGCGAGCCUCUCCUGCUCUGCUGACAGAAUAUGAAAAUGUGCUGCGGCGCUUCAGCCAAGGACUUGCUGAGUCGGUGAAGAAAUACUCCACCCAAGGCAACAGAGACGCUGCCAAGGAUGCAUUGGGCAGGUUGAAGAUGGUAGACAGUGAGCUGGAAUCGCUGAAAAGGAAACGGACUGGAUAAGAGGAGAAAAAAGGAGCAGAGACUUGGCUGGAGUACUGUUAUAUCGUCUCUCUCUGUCUCAUACAUACUCAUAAAACAGACACUACAGUUGAUACUUUAAGCAUGUUUAGCAUGAUGCUGUGCUGCUCAUGCCCAUGACAACUGCAUGAACCAACCUGCUAAUUCUGUCAAUUGAUCAUAUAACUUGUGUCACUUGUGGUUUCCUUCUACAAUAGCUGAGAGUAAAUCUGUAACUACAAAGAGACACAAAUUAAAGCAAGCAUUGAAAUGCGUUCAAGAGCUAAGGGAGAGCUAGCCUUAUUUGCACUUAAUAAGAAAGACACUACAGAAAACGGCUUCUGAAGUACGGCUUUACAGACCUUACCUGUACUCUGUUAAUUGUUGUUUUAUACUCCAAUCUUUCCUUUGAGAGAUGUUAAUGAAGAGAUCUGUUAGAAGACUCAUCGUUUUACAUUGGACACCAGCUCAGAGUCUUUCGGUGUCCAUUGAUGACCAAAAAAAUGUGUAUGUGUGCGUGUGUGCUUGCCCUGAAGUGUGUUUAACCAAUGGACUGAGGUGUUUUUAACCCCUUUUCCCAUAUUUUAUGUGUGUAAUGAGCUUAAUCUAAUCUGUCUGCUCCAGUGUUCCCAGAUUACAGUAAUCUGCUCCAUUUGGAGUGGUGUGAUAUGGGAAUAAAAAAAAACAGGGCUACAGCCUACAUCCCAUAAUGAGGGAUUAGUGUUUGUGUCACCAAGGAGACGACUAGAUCAGACGUUGAGUCGCCUUUGGGGCUGGGGAGAGGGGGUGUUAACAGCGUGCCAUGAAUGUGGGAGAAGCUUAGCCCUGCUAAAGGAUUGCUGCUGCUUCUUCUUCAUCAGCUGUUUCUUCUUCAUCUUCACUUUCUUCACACUAAUUCCAUUGCAUAUGUUCAGAGAUUAUUCAGUCUUGAGUAAUAUGUUGCUCCUCUUGGAUUUUCUUUAAACUCUAAUACAAUAUUAACUUCAAUGAGCUGUCGAUUAGAAAACAAUUAGCAGCUGCUGCGUCGGUGUUGUGCUAUUUUCUACUGAUUUUGGUGUAUGCAGUUUACAAAAACAGACUCUGUCCCACUCCAGUGGCAGCACAGCAGAUGCUGAGUAGUCUGCCCACAGGUAGACAACCCAAUAUCUGUCAGGAAGGCUGGGUAAUUGCUCAUUUCUAUUUCUGCUCCCCCAUAGACAUCCCUGUCACUCCCCUCCACAUUAAACCUUUAUUUUCUC